AUUCAAGGUUUACCGCUGCCGAGAUACACGGGACAAUGAAAAGCAGCGUGGCAAUAUUCUCUAAUCAGGGAAAUCCCUUCCCUCCUCCGGCGAAGAGCAGAACCCACUAUCAGCCAUCCCAGCCUCAGAUACUUUCUGAAGAGCAGAAACAAACGGUUUUAAGUCCAGUUCGUCUUCCUCAUCACCUGUCUGAAGCCCUGAGUCCUCCUGACCUCAACUUCUUGGACGGAUCCCAGAGGUUUGUCCAUGGCCUCCCUGAAUCUGACUCUUCUGAGCCUUUCGAUGAGUCCUGGCCUUCAUCUGACAGCAGCAGUAAGACUCCAGAACAGGAGAGGAUGCGGACGGGUCCUGCCAUGAAAACGAUGGGAACACACGGAGGAUCUGACUCUGCUGACCCGACCCAGGAAGAUUCCGUCAUAGCAAGGUACAUGGCGAAGUUUCGGACUGGACGCCCCGCUAGCCGCCUGGAACGUUCUCCCCCUCAGCACGCAAUGAAGGAAUUCUGGUGGCUGCAGACGUCUCCUGACAGUCCGGAUGCUCAGAGGUUCCGGCCAGGCUCAGGCAUUUCAGCUGCUCUAGGAUUUUCUCCUCUAAGUCUGGAUAUGACUCCUCCUCUGGCGGAGGGAUCCCUCAAUGACUCUACAGUAUGUCCUGCGGAUGUGGAUAUUAUGGGUCUGCAAGAGCGAGCAAGAAAGCUUAUCCUUCAGAGUGAGUCUUCCCUUAGUUCUGGGGGUCACGUGAGCUCGGAAGGGGUGGGAUCAUCUCCAUCGUCUGUGAGCGAUAUCAGCGGGAUCAGAUCUUCUUCACUGGACAGAGCUUCUGUUAGGCCUGUUCCACCGGUCACCUUGCUCACCCCGUCUGUGAGGACCCAUGCUGCAUUGGCUCCCGAGGAGGAUGUUUUAUACCAGUGGCGUCUGCGCAGAAAGAUGGAGCAGGCCCGAGAAGGAACCCUGCCCCUGACCACACGGAAACGCUCACCUUCCCCACCCGUCCGAAUCCCCAAGCAGGUUUUGCCGGCUGUGGAUUUUUCCGAGACGGUUUUCCAAGUUCCGCCAUCCCUGGCAGCUGCGUGCUCACAUGUUGCAGCACAUACGCAAACUCCCACUUCCGGUUUCAGCCAUGUUCCACUGGCGAGUCCGCACGUAGCUCCCCAUUCCAUGGCUGGCGUGGUUCCUCCACACCUACAUCUUCAGUGUGACGUCCUGCCCUGUGUGCACAGCCAGCAGCCCGCUCCUUGUACGCAAGCAAAACUGGAGACGGUGGCAACAGGACCAGCAGUCCCUGCCCCGCAAGCUGAGACACAACCAUCGGAGAAGCGCAAGGCUGUAUCCGAGAGGCUACCACAUAGAAAGUCUCAGAAGAGGCCAGACAGGCCGCCGGAUAGAAAAGUCAAAUCGAAAGGGGUCGAAAGCAGGGGAACAUUUGAUAAAUCUGGACCGGUGAGAGCUCUGGAAGUUCCUUCUCCAUCACCAGUUCACCAAGCCAUGGAGCAGGUGAUAUCUGAGCGCCUUUUCUCACCUCCGCAAUCUCCAAAGCUGAAGCCCAAGAAGAGAGUCACUGUAACUGGGGCAGGCAGAAUCUGGAGCAGCUAUUCGGACGGGACGGAGUUCAGGGAUGACCCUCUGCUUCAAGUUUUGCGGGAGCAGCGGCAAUCCUUACGAUCUAGACUGCGGGAAGUGGAAUUACGAUUGGCAGAGCUGGGGGGCGAGAACAAUGACAACCAGCCACAUCCCCGAUGA